CACUAUAAUAUUAUUAUAGUUGUUAAUUUGUUAUAUUAUUUAAUAUUUUUCUAUCACAAUGUGCCGUCGCGUUUCCUAUUUACCAUUUUUAAUAUGAAAUGAAAACAAAAUAUGAAUAUAAUAUUAUGACAGUUCUAUAGUACUCUGUAGUACAAAGGAACUAAAUAGCGUAAUUAAGUUCUGUGUUAAAAAUUACAAUUAUUAUCUACUAUUUAGGACCAUACAAAUAAAACUACGUAAUUACAAAUACAUAUUUAAAGACGAGAUGAAUAAGAGAAAGUAUCCGUAUGGUAUCGAUAUGUGUCCCCAGCUCAAAAUACAUAUUGGAGAGAAACAAGUUGCCAACGGAGUCUUGGGACCAUCUAAAAUGUCUGAAAUUUAUGAAAAGACUAAACAGAUAUUAUUUCAAAGAGCAAAAGCAUCUUUUGAAGCAAUAGAUCAGUCUGUAGUCGUGGAUAAAGUUCCUUGCGACAGUAAACCAUCCAAACAAAUGCAAUUGACGUUUGAUGGGCAACUGUGCAAACCUGAUGUUUUAUUUGUAAACUCAAAAGUGAAUAAUUACAAUCAGAAAAAAUGUAAUUUUUGUUCAAAAACAGAAAAAUUAGAUAUUUGUGGGAAAUGUGGAGAGAUAUUUUGUAAUAUGUGUUCAUUUAGUUUAUUUUGUGAUGAAGCCAAUAAAAUGUGUUUAACAUGUUAUCAGUAAAAACAUUAUUUUUUAAGACAGAAUGUGAUAAAUAUUAGUUGAUUACMAAUUUUAUGAAAGAAUUGCAUUUUUUAUGUAAGCUUUGUUUGUUUAUAUCUUUAAGAAUUUAUUUUGUAUAUUGUAACCUAUUUUUAAAUAAUUUU